UACCUUUAGAUAGGCAAUAAAGCUUAUUGUACUCAAUAGAGUAUAAGAAAUAGUUUCCCUUAUUCGAAAAGAUGAUAUAUAGUAUUAUAACUAUUUUUUAUUGCCUUUUUGCCAUAUUCAUGAUUCGAAAUGAGUAAUUAUAAUAACAAACUCAGUUGUGUUGAUCCAUUAUGCUAAUCAUCCUAAGUUUUUGCUGAAACUAUACUUUACUUAUUUAUUGGAGCAAUUAUUUUAAGAUUAUUAGUAAUAUUGGUUUUGAUUAUUUCAUAUCUAAGUCAGAAAGCUUUAGUAACUACAAUAAUUCUAGAAUAGAAAUUAAAUGAAGCAGAAUUUUUUGUAACCGUAGUGUAAUCAUUAUUAAUUUUCAUAGCUUUACAUUUCUAUCAACUUAUUUCUAUAUAUAGGCAGUAAAUUGUAGUAAAAUGUAAGCUGGAUAUGCUCUAAUUAUCAUGAUAACAUAUGUUAUCCUUAGACUUUAAUGUUUACCAAAUGGAGUAAUUAAUUAUUUUGAUGGUGAAUAUUUUUGA